GCGGACGGAUGAGCCGGGCCGAGAAGGGCGGCGAGCGGAGCCAGAGGCUGCUUUUUGUGCUGCGGCCCUGGAAGACGACCCGGCGGCUGUGGAGGGCGCGCUGGGCUCGGAAGGCUGCGCGAGGUGCCUCAUCCCCAGACAUGGAGCCCAGCUAUGGGGGAGGUCUCUUCGACAUGGUGAAGGGAGGUGCAGGGAGGCUCUUCAGUAACUUGAAGGACAACUUGAAAGACACCCUCAAAGACACGUCCUCGAGAGUCAUACAGUCUGUCACCAGCUACACCAAGGGAGAUUUAGACUUUACUUACGUUACCUCCAGAAUUAUUGUGAUGUCCUUCCCACUGGACAGUGUCGACAUAGGAUUCCGGAAUCAGGUCGACGACAUUCGGAGCUUUCUGGAUUCCAGACAUCUUGACCACUACACAGUGUACAAUCUGUCACCCAAAUCUUACCGAACUGCCAAGUUUCACAGCCGGGUCUCAGAGUGCAGCUGGCCCAUCAGACAGGCCCCGAGUCUGCACAACCUCUUUGCCGUGUGUCGGAAUAUGUAUAACUGGCUGCUUCAGAAUCCCAAAAAUGUCUGUGUCGUCCACUGCUUGGACGGACGGGCUGCAUCGUCAAUUCUGGUUGGUGCUAUGUUCAUUUUCUGUAAUCUCUACUCCACUCCUGGCCCAGCGAUUCGAUUGCUGUAUGCAAAGCGACCAGGAAUUGGACUCUCGCCUUCCCACAGGAGGUACCUGGGCUACAUGUGUGACCUGCUCACGGACAAGCCCUACCACCCUCACUUCAAGCCUCUCACUAUCAAGUCCAUCACUGUCAGCCCAAUACCGUUUUUCAACAAACAGAGAAAUGGAUGUCGCCCUUACUGUGAUGUACUGAUUGGAGAAACCAAGAUCUAUACAACCUGUGUGGAUUUUGAGCGGAUGAAAGAAUACCGUGUCCAAGAUGGAAAGAUCUUCGUCCCCUUGAACAUCACUGUGCAGGGUGAUGUGGUUGUUGCCAUGUACCAUCUGAGGUCCACCAUUGGGAGCCGGCUGCAGGCGAAGGUGACCAACACGCAGAUAUUCCAGCUCCAGUUCCACACCGGCUUCAUACCCCCGGACACCACCGUGUUAAAGUUCACCAAGCCGGAGUUAGAUGCUUGUGACGUACCAGAAAAAUACCCUCAGCUGUUUCAGGUGACGCUGGACGUGGAGCUGCAGCCCCAUGACAAAGUCACAGACCUGACCCCGCCCUGGGAGCAUCACUGCGCUAAGGACGUCAACCCCAGCGUCCUCUUCUCUUCUCACCAGGAGCACCAGGACACGGUGGCCCUAGGAGGACAGGCUCCAAUAGACAUCCCUCCAGACAACCCCAGGCAUUUCGGGCAAGGCGGUUUCUUUGCCUCUCUCUGUUGGCAAGAUCAGAAAUCGGAGAAGUCGUUCUGUGAAGAAGACCACGCUGCCCUGGUGAAUCAGGAGAGUGAGCAAUCAGACGAUGAGCUUCUGACCCUUUCCAGUCCUCAUGGCAAUGCCAAUGGUGACAAGCCUCGUGGGGCCAAGAAGCCUAGCAAAAAGCAGCCAGAGCCAGCCGCCCCUCCGCCCCCUGAGGAUGUGGACCUGCUGGGCCUGGAAGCCUCUGGAGUGAGUACGAACUUCUCUGCACCGGCGGCUCCUCCCACCAAUUCCGAACUACUCAGUGACCUGUUUGGGGGCACAGGUGCAGCUGGCCCUGCCCAGGCUGGACAGUCAGGGCUGGAAGAUGUGUUCCAUCCCAGCAGACCAGCUUCCACCCAGUCAACACCACGCCGCUCUGCUGCCUCUGCCUCGGCGUCCCCGACCUUACGUGUAGGAGAAGGUGCUACCUUCGACCCAUUUGCAGCACCUCCCAGACCAUCAGGCCAGGACUUGCUGGGCUCCUUCCUGAGCACAGCCGACACGGCCAGUGACCCCUUUCUCCAGCCAACCAGGAGCCCCUCCCCUACACUGCAUGCUUCUAGUACACCUGCUGUGAACAUUCAGCCAGAUGUUUCAGGAGGCUGGGACUGGCACACCAAACCAGGAGGCUUUGGGAUGGGAAGCAAGUCGGCUGCCACUAGCCCCACAGGGUCCUCGCAUGGGACGCCCACCCACCAAAACAAACCCCAGACGCUGGACCCCUUUGCCGACCUUGGAACUCUAGGUAGUUCUUCAUUUGCCAGCAAACCCACCACACCAACUGCACUGGGUGGAGGAUUCCCGCCUCUCAGCUCGCCGCAGAAAGCAUCUCCCCAGCCUGGGGGUGGUGGGUGGCAGCAGGGAGGUGGCUAUGCUUGGCAGCAGCCACAGCCAAAGCCGCAGCCUGGCGCACCCCACGCCUCUCCCCAGAACCGUCCCAACUACAAUGUGAGCUUCUCGGCUGCACCUGGGGGCCAGAGCGAGCGUGGGAAAGGAUCAACCACUUCAGAAGGGAAACCAAAAGCAGCUGACUUUGAAGACUUGCUCUCUGGCCAGGGUUUUAACGCUCACAAAGACAAAAAGGGGCCUCGAACAAUCGCUGAGAUGAGAAAGGAGGAAAUGGCUAAGGAAAUGGACCCUGAGAAACUCAAAAUUCUGGAAUGGAUUGAAGGCAAAGAGAGAAAUAUCAGAGCUCUCCUUUCCACAAUGCACACGGUGCUGUGGGCAGGGGAGACCAAGUGGAAGCCAGUUGGCAUGGCAGACCUGGUCACGCCGGAGCAGGUGAAGAAGGUGUACAGGAGGGCUGUCCUGGUGGUGCACCCCGACAAGGCUACCGGGCAGCCCUAUGAACAGUAUGCCAAGAUGAUUUUCAUGGAGCUAAACGAUGCCUGGUCUGAAUUUGAAAACCAAGGCCAGAAGCCCUUGUAUUAAACCGUGAGCUCGUUACCUGUGCU